AAACUGUUGAAUCAGGAAGUGAAUUAUUCGAUCAAACGCAUAUGAUUAUUAAAUUAGUUUUUUUUUCAGAAAGCGUUUUAUCAGAAUGGGAUGUCCAGAUACGGUCAUCUAAAAUAUAUGGUUUAUCUUUCUUUUAUUUAUCAAUUUUAAUUUUAAAAACUGUGCUCAAAACGUUACAUGUAACUGAAAUUUUUUUAAAUACAUAAAGUAUUAGAGUGUUAAUAUUACAUCUGGUUGGAGCAGAGAAAGAUGGCUUCUUCAAAGACGGCUAAUUACAACAAUACAUUUCAAGGUGAUAGCAUUCUUUUUCAUGGCUCAAAGAUUCCAAAAGAGGUUAAGAAAAUGGUUACACAUGUUGCUAAAAUAAAGACGGAGACGUUUACAAAGUUACUUCAACUGGUUAGUGAUUCUCUGGAUAAUGUCAAUUCUAACUUUCUUGAUGAUAUGAAAGAAACAGAGCUUUCAGAUGAAUCAAUUUUUGAGGUGUUUUCGGGAAUAUACACUAUACUAAAGGCUACUAAAAGACAAAGUUUAACAUCUGUAAAACUGGAUUUGCUUAAAGGAGAAUUGUUGUCUUACAAAAUUCCUGAAAAUUUUGUGAAUGAGAUCAUAAAAAUUGUUUUUGCAAAAAGCCAAACAAAGCUAGAAAGAAUGCCUGUUUUAAAAAGCAAGACAAGUCUACCAUCCUUAGAAUCACUUAAAUGGAGAGUCGAUGUUACCAUAUCAACCAGUUCCCUUAAUAGAGUUCUUGUCCCAACCAUUUUAAUGGAAGUUAAGUCAAGCGAUGGUUCUGUUAAAUCUUUUGAGGUUUCACUGUCGACUUUUAAUGAGCUGCAAUAUGAUGUUGCAUUUUUGCUGAAGGAAAUGGACGACUUGGAAAAACGAAAUAUUCUUAAAAUUCAAGACUAGUGUUGUCAGGCGAUACCCUGCACAGGUGGAACGAUUAGUCUUUUGAUGAUUUGAUCUACAUCGAAGUAUUAUACCCAUGACAAUAAAUAAACCAAGACCAAGAACCAUUACUAACACCAUGAAAGCAUCUUUAGGGAGAUGUCCAAUGUAACUUUCAUUAUCUGUUCUUUCAAGUGGGUUUUUCGUUGGCGAUGUGGAGUACUUUGUUGAUGGUUUUGCCUCAAUUUUGGUAAAGUUACUUGUGGUUGUGAAAUUAGGGAAUGAUGAUGUAGUGUUUGGUUUCAUUAUUUGAUCAUCGUCAGAUUUAUUGAUAUUUUGUGCAGUUUUCGUCACGUUUACAUGAAUUUCCUCAUUCUUCAUCUUCAUUGAAUCUGUAAAGUACAUUCAUGUAGCUGUAGUUGCAUAAUCUCAUUACUCAUUUACUUACAUAAGUGUUAAUAAUUACGGGGAAGUCCCUCUUGUAAAGUAAAUGUUAUUUUGAUAAAUGUUCUUUGCAAUGUAUUAAUCAUCAAACUACAGCGCA